AUGAAUUCGCAAAACCAGAGAGCUUCUUCCUCUGCGCGCUCUGGUCAACUUGAGCAGUCUUCUUCAGCCGCUAGCGAUCUGUGGUUUUAUAACCAGCAAAACUCUCCCAAAGGUGCACAACAGCCCGCCACUUCUUCGUCCAUGAUUCCACCCACUUCUUCCUACUACAAUCCGGAUGAUAUUCAUCAGAAUGAGAACCAGGGUCAAUAUCAGCAAUGGCUCGAUUCUUUUCAUGGUGGCAGCCAGCAGCAGCAGCAGCAGCCCCAGCAGGUCGAGUAUUCUUCGUCGUACCGACGACCCACUGCUCCCGCUCCGACUGUCCAUCAGAGCGGACAGAGCUCAUUCAAUUUUAUGCAGGGUCAGUACGCAUCAGGUUCGAUGAACCAGUAUGCUGCGUCUACACCGGACACUGUCACUCAAGGUGCCGUCAGUGGAACUUCCACUUACCAGAGUCAGUCAAGCGACAUCUAUUCUGCAUUCUAUCCGGAAAUGCUGUCAAUGAGCAACAAUAGUAGUGCCCCUUCACCCGAAAAUGCUCACUCGUACCAUACGUCCACGACGCCCGAGUCUGCUGUACAUUCUUACUCCAACACUCCAGAUCCUGUCUAUCAGCAGCAACAGUUCAGCCAGCAACAGCAACCAUCCCACCUGUCUUCUGGCCAAAUUGAGCAAAAACCUAGCCAGUCUUCGCAAUUUCUCGUUCCCCAGACGGCAAGAUACCUACCAUCCCAACGCAAUAGAUCUGACUUUGGCACUCCGGUUUCUAAUUCAAACGCGUCAUCUCAUGCUUCUUCGCUAUCUCCACCCCCUAACAUUUGGACCAAUGAGUCGAUCUAUUCCACUAAGAAGGCUGACACGAGCUCGGCCGGCCACCAGUCACAACAGUCUAAAAUUCGAGAUAAUCAAGUUAGCGCUGGAAAAGCGGGCCCAUCGCAGAUAAACAGAGUAAUCCCAUCUAGUGCCAAACGUCCGGAUGGAUCGGCCAAAACGGCCUCUCCUCCUCGACCAGGUGCGGCGGCGGCAACAACGACAGCUGCAGCUGGUGCGAAGCGAAAGAGGGCCAAAAGGGACGACCAUACGGAGUGGUCCAAUAAUCAGGGAAGCAGGUAUGCAGCGGAAGAUGCCAGUGAUUCCGAAAGCGACGACGAUGACGACGGGACUGGUCUUGGGAUGAGCGGCGCAAUUGGCGUUGGCCUAGGCGGCUUGGGUGUGGUUGGAAAGGGAGGCAAGAAAGAAGUCAGAUCACGUCUGUGA